AAUUGUGUAUCAGAAUUCAUUUUUAAUUUCAUUUAAUAAAUAAUAAUUUAAUUCUUGUAAUGUACGGAUCGAAUUAAUUUCUUUAAUAAAGUUUCUACACAAAUGUAUAAUUAUUUAGGAACUUUAAUUUUAUGGUGUUUCUAUGAUAAACGUUCAAGUUUGUACAUAGAGAAAUUACUAACCUUCCACCAAUGAUAUUUCGUCAAAAUCACAUGUUCUGUUUUCUCGUCUUGUUGAACGAAGUAUAGAAGCAGUUCCCGCCAAUUCUUUUUUUUUCGUUUCGGCACAACGGAGUAUAAAUAAAGAAAUACUUUCCCGUGUUUAUAGAUCUGUUUAUGUAUUUGUUUUAUAUUUGUUUUAUUUAUAUAUUGUUCGAAAACAUUUCGUUUCUUUUAAGAUAAGUACAAUGGAUGCUAGUAGCUCUCCAGUACGCUCUGAUAGACAAACAGAGGCAAUGACAUCUCCUGCACCAGAUAUAGAUGAGCCAUUUGAAGAUGAAUCUGAUUUACUUGGCAAUGAUAAUGAUAUUAAUCAACAAAAUGAAGAAGAAGGAGAAGGAGAAGAGUUAUUUGGAGAUAAUAUGGAAGAUGAUUAUCGUCCUAUGCCAGCAUUGGAUAGGUAUGACCCAGAUGCAUUGGAUGAUGAGCAAUAUUCCGAAAUGUCUCAAGGAGAACGUGCAGCUGCUGAAGCUACGAUGCAACAAAGAGAUAGAGCAGCAGGAAUCAUCAGAGAUGAUAGAUAUUUACUUUAUGAUGAAAGUGAUGAAGAAGAAACUCAAGCACGUAAGAGACGUAUGGCUGAAAAAGCUGCAACAGGUGAAAUUGAAGAUACAGAAAUGGUUGAGUCUAUUGAAAACUUGGAAGAUACAAAGGGUCACUCAGUUAAAGAUUGGGUAACUAUGUUAGGACCUCGUACAGAAAUUUCAAACCGCUUUAAAAGCUUUUUGCGUACACAUACUAAUUCAAAGGGGCAAUAUAUGUACAAAGAACGAAUUCGUCAUAUGUGUCAGAGCAAUCAAUCUAGCUUUGUUGUGGAAUUUCCUAUUCUUGCUAGUAAAGAACAUGUUCUGGCUUACUUUCUGCCGGAAGCACCAUUUCAAAUGUUAGAGAUAUUUGAUGAAGUUGCAAAAGAACUAGUGCUAACUAUUUUUCCCAGUUAUGAAAGAGUUACAAGCGAAAUUCAUGUCAGGAUAUCGGAACUUCCUUUAAUAGAAGAAAUACGAACAUUUAGGAAGUUGCAUUUAAAUCAACUAGUACGUACUCUGGGAGUUGUUACAACAACAACAGGAGUAUUACCACAACUCUCUGUUGUAAAAUAUGAUUGCACAAAAUGUGGAUACGUACUUGGACCUUUUGUACAAAAUCAAACUACAGAAGUUAAACCUGGAUCAUGUCCUGAAUGUCAAAGUAUUGGACCUUUCAUGAUUAAUAUGGAACAAACAAUAUAUAGAAAUUAUCAAAAAAUUACAAUCCAAGAAUCACCAGGAAAAAUUCCGGCAGGAAGAAUACCUCGAAGCAAAGAAUGUAUUCUUCUAUCAGAUCUUUGUGAUCGCUGUAAACCUGGCGAUGAAGUGGAUGUUACUGCAAUCUACACGAAUAAUUACGAUGGUUCUUUAAAUACAGAACAUGGCUUUCCAGUAUUUGCAACGGUUCUUCUAGCUAAUCAUCUGCAAGUGAAAGGUUCAAAAGAAAUAGUAGAAUCUUUGACCGAAGAAGAUAUAUCUAGUAUUAUUUCUUUGAGUAAAGAUCAUCGAAUUAUUGAUCGCAUUGUUGCAAGUAUCGCACCUUCGAUCUACGGACACGAAUAUACAAAAAGAGCAUUAGCAUUAGCAAUAUUUGGUGGUGAAUCCAAAAAUCCUGGUAAUAAACACAAAGUAAGAGGAGAUAUUAAUGUAUUACUAUGUGGUGACCCAGGAACUGCUAAAUCUCAAUUUCUCAAAUACGUUGAAAAAAUUGCACCAAGAACGGUAUUUACUACAGGUCAAGGAGCAUCAGCAGUUGGUUUAACUGCUUUUGUAAGAAGAUCGCCAACAACUCGAGAAUGGACAUUAGAAGCUGGUGCCUUAGUACUUGCUGAUCAUGGAAUUUGCCUUAUUGAUGAGUUUGACAAAAUGAAUGAUCAAGAUAGAACGUCUAUCCACGAAGCUAUGGAACAACAAAGUAUUUCAAUUUCAAAAGCAGGAAUCGUUACAUCACUCAAUGCUAGAUGUUCAGUAAUAGCUGCAUCUAAUCCCAUCGGUGGAAGAUAUGAUGCCAGUAUGACAUUUUCAGAAAAUGUAGAUUUAUCAGAACCAAUUUUGUCUCGUUUUGAUAUUCUUUGUGUAGUAAAAGAUGAAAUAGACCCUAUGCAAGAUCGACAUUUAGCUAAAUUUGUUGUGAACUCUCAUAUUCGACAUCAUCCAUCAAACGCAGAGAAAACAGUUACCACGGAAGACAAUACUAAUGAUAUAUCUAUACCGCAAGAUCUUUUAAGAAAAUAUAUAGUUUAUGCAAAGCAAACUAUUCAUCCAAAAUUAACAAAUAUUGAUCAAGAUAAAGUUGCAAAAUUAUACAGUCAAUUAAGGCAAGAAAGUUUGGCUACUGGAAGUUUACCAAUUACUGUACGACAUAUAGAAAGUAUUAUACGUAUGGCUGAAGCGAGUGCUAAAAUUCAUCUACGAGAUCACGUUCAAGAAGAUGAUAUUAAUCUUGCUAUCAGAAUGAUGCUUGAUAGUUUUGUUGAUACACAAAAAUAUUCAGUAAUGAAAAGUAUGCGCCAGACAUUCCAGAAAUAUCUAUCGUAUAAAAAAGAUCACAGUGAACUUCUUUAUUAUAUACUUAGACAAAUUACAUUAGAUACUUUAGCAUUUCAAAAAGCCUUACGUGGAAAUCGUAUAACAACGAUCGAAAUUUCCGAAAAAGAUCUACUGGAUCGGGUAUGGAUAGUUCAUUUUACUUUCGACCUUCUGGUACAUGCCCAGAAAUACGAUUUUCUAACAUUUCUUUUUUCUAGGCUAAACAAAUCGACAUAUACAAUCUUCAUCCAUUUUAUGAAAGUGACAUAUUUAAAACAAACAAUUUUGUUUAUGAUUCAAGGAGAAAAGUAAUAAUUCAAACGCUUCCUGAAAGUAUUGAUGAAUGACCUUAAAAACAAUAUGAUACAA